UAUUUCUCCAAGUGACAUUACGUCUACCCCCCACGAAUGUAUACAAAAACAAGACAAAAAUGUGGUUACACUUGCUAAAAAUGUAGUUUAGCACUAAAAAAUGAAACUUUAUGGGAGAUGUUCAAGACGACGAUUUUUAAGUUUCUGGCUUGUUGUAACUUUGGUUUAUGUGUUUUACGUGGAAUAUUGCGUUUACAUGUGGAACAGCACCACCUGGCAUAAACUAAAUUGCGAAAAUGAAAGAGAUUGUACGAAAAUACUCCUUGUUGCCGACCCUCAAAUCAUAGGACAACGUAAAGAGAUUAUACAUUUUCUCACUCCUUUUGCAAUUCUUGAUAGUGACCUUUAUCUCAAAAACACGUAUUAUUGGGCUUUCAGAUUUGCACAACCUGAUAUUGUUAUAUUUUUGGGUGAUUUAAUGGACGAAGGUUCAAUCGCAAAAAACGCAGAAUUUUACAGUUACGUGAGACGAGUUUUUAACAUUUUCAAUGAACAUGCACCGCCCACUGUUAAGCAUAUUUGGCUACCAGGUGAUAACGACAUUGGUGGCGAGGAAUUCGAUCGAGUGACUGAAGAGAAAUUCAAGCGCUUUCACAGAGCUUUCGCCCAACCCGAGUUAAUAAACCACAAAAAUAUCACAUUCUUCAAAAUAAACCGCUUCAUCCAGAGCAUUCCCGUGAUCAAAGAAAAACGAGAUUUUUACGAUACUUCUAAGAUUUUUGUCGGACUGAGCCAUGUACCGCUUAUGUUUAUUCCGUCACUAUUUGUUGAAAAAGUUUUUAAUAAAGUGUUACCUCAGGUAUUGUUCACAGCCCACGAACACAAAUCAAUGAUUGUGAGUACAGACGCAUUACUGAGACAAGACCGCCAAAUUGUUCCUGUGACGCCUGACAAUAAUAAAGUUUAUGAAUUUACUUUGGGCAAUACUGAUAUGUACGAAUUUAUUAUACCGACGUGUUCAUACAGGAUGGGCACUGAUAAAAUCGGCUAUGGCUUUGCUGUGCUUGAAAAAAAUGAAUUACGCUACACUGUGCUGUGGUCUCCGUCCCGCUUUAGGCAACUUUAUAACUACGCAUUAGUACUUUGUUUUAUAUUUUUAAACUUUGUGUUUUAUUUUUGUUGCUGUAGAAAAUCAGCGAAAAGGUUUUUCUAAACCUCAUGAGUACCUGCCAAGUAUUUUACAUUCAAAGCUGCAAUAAUUUUGCUAGUUCUGAAGCUUCGUGUUUUAAUAUUUAUUCGAAAAAGAAAGCGACUUAAAACGAGUACUUUAAGAGUACUUAAAUUUUUGUUAAAUAGCAGAGGUGUCUAAAAGCUAUAAGUACACACCUGGACCUUGGAAAUAAUAAAUUACUGCAACUGUUUUAGUUGAGCUCCCAUAUUUUUUGUCAUGUUAAAAGUGCCCCAAAUUUUUUUGUUUGUCACUGUACACGUCCAGGUUCUACUUAUAGCUUUCACCCCACUCUAACAUAUCAUUAAGAAAUGGUAUUGAAAAUUAGACACUGACCUAAGUAUUAUUACUACCUACGUAUAUAUUUAAUGUGUCGUAGUAAAAAUGCCCUGGCAUAUCUUUAACUAGAAUGGCAUUGAGUACAAGAGCAACAUAUCAUAAUUUUUCUGAUUUUCAGAUUAGAAAUCCUCCCAAAUUCUGAAAAAUGAAUCUCUACAUUUUAUGUAAUUCAGUUCCUCAUAAUCGCUUUAAAAAUCAUUGCUCUUUAUCCUAUUAGUAUUAAAAAAUAUCUGGAACAUAAACAAAGAUUUUGCGCCUAUUUACGUAAUUUUCAAGUUUUUCUUGAUAAAACUAGGAAAGUGUAAAGAAAAAGUUAAAACAAAUACAGUAUUGUUGAACAUACAUUUUAUUUGUUAUUAUAAAUAUCAACUAAGGUAUGCUUAUUAACCGCUUGAAACAAAGUGAUCGAAAAAAGUUAAAGAUAUUACUAAGAAAAUCUGUAGCAGCUACAUGUUUUCUAUAAAACUUCUUAUUUUAAUGUUUAAAGUUGUACAAAAUAUAAACCACUAAUCUAGAUAAAAUAUUAAUUUCCGUACCUUUUUUCGAACACUUUAUUUAAUUUUGUUUUAUGAUUACCUUCAUUUAAAUGCAUACAUGCACUUAAACACCGUGUGUUCAGCAAUGCAAAAUCUCACUUCAUGACUGCUGAAAAUAGGACCUAGACAAGUACAAUUUGUAUGACCAUUUAUUAUUUCUUUAUACACCUUAAUAACCUAGGGAAAGUGUGGUAUUAUGUAAAUACAAUGACAAUCUAAACAUUAAUAUGAUUACAUUGUAAAAAAUAACGUUUAAAUAUUCUAAAAUUGUAUUUUUACGACGGAUAAGGUAGAGAAAGGUGCCAAAUAAUUCAUGUCUAUUAAAUUAUUCUAAAAUUGUUACCACCUUCUGAUCACAACGACACAUUUUAACCAAAUGUUUAUGUAAGUUUCAAGGAUGAGCUGUGUUUUUUCUCAAUAAUUGUGUCAAACGUAAUACUGUGAUUGUGUCUCUUAUCACUUUUAGGAGGAACGGUUGUAAUGAUUUAUUCACAUACGUGCCAUUUGUAAUCUAUUUGCAAUAAAAAUUAUUGCUUCUGUUUUAAUUAUGGCUAAAGUACUCAGCAAAUGCAUGUCUAAUUUUACUAUUGUUGUCAAGUGUACUUUAACACAUAUCUGUGUGUCUCCGUGUUAUGAAUCUCAUUUUAUUGAAGUUUAUAUGUAUAUUUUAAAGAUUAAUUAAUUUAAUUAAAAUACAUAUUUCAGUGGUUA